UUCUCCGCCAUCUCUCUCUCUCACUUCGUCUUCCAGUUUACCCUAAUUCUGUUCCCUCUCUCUCUCUCUAGAGUUGAAAUCGAAGGUGUUUAAGCUCUCAUGAAGAAGCUAAGCUUACUUCUCUCCAAGCUACAACUUUGAUGAUGCUCUGGUAUGCUGUUUUCAGUUUCUUCAAAUGCUCUCUUAAUUCAUUUAAAGAAACAAAGCUACAGCUUCUUCCAUGGUUUCGUUAUUUUCCCACUUUAAUUAGCCCAUAGCUAGAGAGACUGAGAUUGUUUAUUUGUUUUCUGUCUGUUGUUGACUCUCUCUCUCUCUCUCUCUUAUUGGAUCACUUUCUCUCUCCUUUUCAUGAGAUAGCUUGGCUAGAAAACGCCGAGAGAGGGAAAGUGUUUUGUUUGCUCUUAUCAGAAAAGAAAUUAAAGUUGUUACUCUUCUCAUCAAUCCCUCAUUAGUUUCUCAGACUUUGCUGUUUCUUGCUCCUUCUCCUUAAUUACUUUCUGUUCCUAAAUUUACCAUUUCUUUUUCUCUAUCUUCUUCUGGCUAGCUAGUCUCUUUCCUUUUGGAUUGAAGAGGAAAUAUCCACCACCCAAUUACUCUUCUUUCUAGCUAACGAGCUAGCUAGCUUGCCAGAUCACUUUCAUCAUCAACUUGGUCAUCACGCAAAAAGCAAAGAGAGAGCCCUACAUUUUCUCCUGUUGAUUUCUCUUGCUGAAACUGUUAAUGCCCAGAAUCUAAAAGAGUUGAUAAUCACGUUUGCUAAAGCUGUCUAGCUAGCUUCCUUCUGCAGGUGGGUGCUAAGACUUGUUUGAAUUGAGCCUGUGCCAAACACUUAGAGUUUUCAAUUUCUUCUCUCAUAGUUUCCCUCUUGUGAUUUCCCUUUUGGUCUCCAAACCAGCGAACAAAAGAGUGUAAUAAUAACCCCCAGAGAGAAGGGGAAAAAAAGGAAGAAGGGGCAAAAAAAGAGAAAGAAUGGAACUUUCCAGUGAAGAAGGAGAGAUCCCAAUCCCAAUAAACAGUACCACUAGUUAUGGAGGUGGCAAUAAUGGCCAUGGCCACCUGAUCCACCACCACCAUAAUCACGAGCCUGCAAUCCACAGCCACAUGAUCCCUAAUUCCUCAGUACUCCCAGUAGCAUCAGCACCGCCCCAUAACGGUGGCAGCGCCGGAGGAGGAGGAGGCGGUGCUGGCGGUGGCGGCAUGGAGGAGGAUCAACAUGGGCCCUACAGCAAGAAACUAGUGGUGAAGUACAGAGAAUGCUUGAAGAACCAUGCAGCUUCCAUGGGAGGAAAUGCCACAGAUGGUUGUGGAGAGUUCAUGCCCAGUGGAGAAGAAGGAACGCUUGAAGCUCUCACUUGCUCAGCCUGCCAUUGCCACAGAAACUUCCACAGAAAAGAAAUUGAAGGCCAUGAUGAACAACAACAUCAACAUGAUUAUCAUCAUCAUCACCAUCAUCAAUAUCUUCACCAUCCUUAUAGAUUAGGUGGUAGGAAGCUUCUUCUUCCUCCUCCUGCUGCUGAAACCAUGGCCUACCCUACACCUCCAGGUAACAUCUUACCUUCUAGAAUGAUCAUGCCCUACAAUGUCAUGGGGUCCCACUACUCAUCCCUCCCUUCAGACUUAUCUGAUGACCAAGAAGAUCAUCCUCAUCCUGAUCCUCAUCAUGGGAUGAUGAAGCCACAUCAUCAUCAUCAGAAUAAGAAGAGGUUCAGAACAAAGUUCACACAGGAGCAGAAAGAGAAGAUGCUGAGCUUUGCUGAGAGAGUCGGAUGGAAGAUUCAGAAACAGGAAGAAUCUGUGGUGCAACAGUUUUGUCAAGAGAUUGGUGUGAAAAGAAGAGUGCUUAAGGUUUGGAUGCACAACAAUAAGCACAACCUCGCCAAAAAGAUCAAUCCCACAACUACAACUCCAACUCCAACUCCAACUGAUCCUCCGACUACUACUACAACUUCACCACCUUAAUUAAAAACCAUAACUAUUUUAUAAUCAUUAUUAUUGCUUUUAUUUAUUACUAUUAACCCUUUGGUUAUUUCAUUAUAAGGUAGCUAAAAGUGUUGACUUUCACUUCCUUCUUCAUGUUUCAGUAUCUUUCUAAUAAUUUUAUCUCUGUGGGUCUGUUUGAGUUCUCUCUUUCUAUAUAAGAUAAUAUAUAUAUUCUGUGUACUGUGGGUUUAGUUUAUUAGCAGAUUUCAUUAUUGGGUGAAGUUUCAGUAGUUCUGGGUGUUGGUGAUGAUGUUGCUUCUCUUGAGCCAUUUUAUUUAGCGAAGGGCAUAUAUAUAUGGAUAUGGAUAAUGCAGCACUGAGUCUGAGGUACUACAUAUAAUGUAUUCAUUAUUUUCUCUUAAUUAAUACAACGAUGCAGUUUUCUAUAAUUUGAGCUUUUUUUUAUUUUU